UGACAAUUGUGGAGUGUGCAGGAUGAAAACACAUCUGGGGAAGUAUUCCUGUAAUCUCAAACUGGACCCAGUCACAGCAAGCAGACACCUCUGUCUGUCUGAGGGCAACAUGAAGGCGACGCUGAGGAACAAGCAGCCAUAUCCUGAUCACCCAGAGAGAUUUGACACCUAUCAACAGGUGAUGUGUGGAGCUGGUCUGACUGGGAGGUGUUACUGGGAGGUCGAGUGGGAAGACAAGGCUUAUAUAGGAGUGACUUACAGAGGAAUCCGAGAAACAGGAGACAGUGAUGACUGCAGGCUUGGAGGAAACGACAAAUCCUGGAGUCUAGACUGCUCUGUCGAACGUUUCACCGCCCGACACAGAAACAGAUCAACAGCCAUCCGUGUCUGUCCCUCCCUCUGCUUCUCCUCCUCCUCCUCCUCCUCCCCCUCUGGCAGAGUAGCAGUGUAUCUGGACUGGCCUGCUGGCUCUCUGUCCUUCUACAGCGUCUCCUCUGACGCUCUGAUCCACCUCCACACCUUCACCUGCACCUUCACUGAACCUCUGCACCCUGCGAUUGGGCUUGACUGGGGGUGGUUAGGCUGCUCGGCAUCUCUGUGUCAGACUGAUGUGCUGUAUCCUGUGUUUAGAAACACUCUCACUGGUGUACAGAGAGAGCUGCUGACAUGAAAGCUACUAGAAUCACUCAAACACACACACACACACACACACACAUGAAAGUAAAUCCCCAUCUGCCCCCUCUGUGUGUCCCAUCAGAAAGAGAAAUCAAAUUAGAGUAAGAGCUAGUAUAGUACUCAAAAGAUGUGGUGACAA